AUGGCGAGGGUAGAACAAAGAGAUUCGCUAUACCAAAAGCUCACCUCCCUGGAAAUUCGAACUCCUGUCUGUUCGAAUGUUCUCUUCCACGACAAUUCAGACCAGCCCACCGAUACUAUGCCUACCCAUGAGCAUCAUGACGAGGAAGCCCAGAUCGGGCGCCUGCGUACGGAUGUUGAUCGGACGCUGGUUGAGAUGAACGCGAAGCUCCUUAAGAUGAAGCUCUUAUUAUCAGAGCUCUGGGCCCGACUGCCAAACACAGAAGCCGAGAGCGAGGAGGAUAGCAACGUUUUCCAAGCGCUGGCAGCAGCCCAGCAGGUUUCGACCGACGCCAAAGCUCAGCGUCUCGGCAGAAUGCCAGCACCGCAACGCACGAAACGUCUCUGCGCUUCGGGAGCAUGCAAAAAUCAGGCAGUGGUGACCGCAAAGGGGAAGAAAGGCAUAUGGUGUCGCGAGCACACUUGUGCCGCCCGAGACUGGGACUGCGUGGAGGAGGUCUACCGGUUCAAGCCCCUAGACUGGGAGGUGCACCGCGGCAUACUGAAUUCGUUUUACUGUCCCCGGCAUACGUGCCUUUUUCAGGGCUGCCUUGUCAGGGUGAUGGCUCGAGACGCCAUUUGUUGUCCCAGGCAUCUGCAGUUGCAGUGGCUGAGCAUGGCUGCACGAGAACCAGAGAGGGCCGCGGGAGUUUUGCGGGUUGUCAAUGGGGGCGAAGAUUCUGAAGAAGGCGAGCUGGGAAAUGCGGAGGGAGCAUGUGACGGGAAGACAAAAGACACAUUCCAAGAACGAAGGAAGGGCAAGAAAAGGGUCCACUGGGAGGACCACCGCGAAUGA